CAUUGUCUCAGUCACUGGAGGCAGACGCUGCGCACGGAGCAACAGACGCAGCAGCGGCAUCGAGGCGACUCCGGCGCACCGGGUUACAUUUAAAGUGGCAUUAAUAGCAGAGACAAUGUCAACAGGAAAUGGAGCCUGCGCUGAUGUGACACAUGGGCAGUUAAUGUCCCCUCACGUUACAAACGCUGGGGUCAUUUCUCCUGGUGCUGGCGCAGUCUGAACCUGGCUGCGUGGCGCGUUUUUACGGAUGGUGUGGACUGUAUUUACUGUCAUGUUGCGGUAGUUCAAGUGGUCACUAUGUUGCUGUCGCUCAUGCGCACCUGUGCCGCUCUACCUGAACCAGCUGGACCAUAGAUCCCUUUCACCCACAGCGCGGUAAACUGAGUGGUGGUCAGCGGUGCACCCACGUUCCGUCUUCCCGGCAUUUCGACAGAGGAUGGCCGCCCGCCGAAGCUGCGUGAACUCGCUCUGGUCUGGCACCGAGCGCGUCCGCAUCGGCGAACGCCUCAAAGCGACGCUGGCCGGGGUGCUGGAGCUGGAGCUGCUCAGGUGCAAACACCUGGAGAUGGUGGACGCCGCUCUGGAGGAGCCACGAGCGGAGGAGGAGGAGAGCGUCGAGCAUGGAGCUGCGACAACCCGCCGGCAACAGACCGCCUCUUCUUCAGAUAUAAUAGUAUUGCCCUGUCAGAGCAGCGCAGACGACUGUGGCAGUCAUUCAGGAGAUGGAACGGUCUACUCCUCAUCUGCAAGGAGAAGUAAUUCACGCUGGUCCACCCUGUCGUGGGACGCCCCCUCUGACCUGCUCUCUCCCCCAACACCAGACCCCAGUGGUGGGAUCCACCUGGACAGUGACUCCAGACCUAGUUCAGGUUUCUAUUCAGUCAGCGGAAGCUCUCUGUCAGACUCUUGCUACUCUGUGUCCAGUGAUGCCGCUCAGGGAGGACCAGUGCCGCCGGCCAAACCUGUGAAGCCGUGGGAGCAGACUGCUCUUUCUACAGACAACACAGACAUCCUGUGGUCAGAAGGUGCAGUGCAAAAGCACCAGCAAGAGCAGCCUGUAAUGCAGAACAGCCUGGAGGAUGCUGAACACACAGAAGGCAUUCCAGUUUCAGGAACAAGUGACCUUGAAGAAACUGGUCUGAGCUUUUUGUUGGACCUCUACUCAGGACUUGGAGAUUCCCUGAUUGCUUCACUUCUCCCCCUUCUUGACCUCAUUUCCUCUCGCUCAAACUCUGCCCUCCAUUCAAAGCCCCAGCUGGACUCUCGCUUCUGUACUGACCUGGUAUCCCGUCGGACCAAAGAGGUUUACCCCUACCCAAGUCCUUUGCAUGCCGUUGCCCUUCAGAGUCCCCUCUUCACCUCCCAAAACCAAGAGCAAUCAGUGUCCAUGAGUCCAGAGGGGCUUCAAAAUGAUGAUCCAUUGGAUUCAAACGAAAGCCCAGCUCUGCCUCUCCAGCCUCCGCAGUCUGCUACGCUGGCUUCUGUCACGCAGCUGGAGCACUACAUCUCUCGUCUGGCUCAUCAGUACCACAGUCGGGUAACCUCCUCCACCUCUGAUCUUCUCUUAGCUACCACCCCAGUUCCAGUCAUGCACAGAGGCCUUUGCACCCCUGGCAAAAGUCAUGGUUCAACCCAGUCUCUCUCUGCUUUUGAAAGUCGCAGCACAACCUCAAUAAUGGCAGGGGGCAGCAUCACUCCUUGUAGGUCACUGCUGGGAAAUUCAGCCAGAGUCGGCCUCAGCACUAGUGCGAAAAAGGCCACAAGGAACUCAAUCAACCUGGGAAACCUUCCUUCAGCAACUGGAGAGGACGUGAAUAUAAAUCUGCAUCUUAACCUUAACUUGAACCUGGCUUCUGGUUUAAAUCGUAGCAGGGGAACCGUGGACAAUUCCAAAGGUGGCAGUUGUGGAGCUUUCAGGAGUGACUUUACUGCAGCUCCUGCUGCCACAUCUCUCUCCUCUGCUACACCCACCCCAGCAGUUCGAGUUCGCCCUCGCAUUUCAACUUGUCCAAGCAGCCUGAGCCACCGCAGCUCUCUGGAGGUCAUUUCAGGGUCCGUACCAAAUACUGGAUAUGGGUCAUCAACAUCAUCAUCAUCAUCAUUCUGUCGCUCAUUAGACUGGAGCAGUGGCGCGCCACCAGACGCUGGACCAUCAGUUUUUGGUACAAAUGGUGGAUCAGCUCCUGGGUCUCAGCGUAGCAGCUUGAUUCAAGAGUCCAGCGCCAGUACCAACUUAAGUGAAGACUCUCCUAUGGUGGGAGAAAUCUCCCGCCUUUCUGGGCUGUCCAGGGCUGUUGUGGUUGGACUGAUGGAACAAGGUGUGGAGCUUGAUAUUGACUGUUUCCAAACAGAAAGUGCAGGUGAAGUGAGGGGUCACAGUAAAUCUCACCUGACAGCCCAGACAGAUCAAUCACAUCAUUACACUAGAUUGACCAAUCUGAAUGCCCAGAGACCAAUACAGCUGUCCCUCAGUGUCACUCAUUCUCCUCAAUCUCAGUCCAGUCUCACCCCUCCUCUCUCACACUCCAGCAGCCCCAUUCACCCUUACCAGCCUAUGCAUAUUCCCUCUCCCCAUUACUCCUCUCACUGCCAAUACCAGCAGAUCCCUUCCCCAUCUGAUCUUCCCUCUUCCACAGCCUCCUCCCCGGCCUCCCGCCCCACUGCCAGAGGUCGCUCCCCCCCACGGCCUCUCCAGCCGUCCCCCAUGGGUCCCACCCCUCUCUCCGUUUUCCGUCGGGAUGCACCCUUCCAGUGCUCCCUUCCCCACACCAACACAAGGACCUCUCCUUUGGAGCAUGGUGGCAUCCAACCAAGAGGAGGAUCACUUCGGCAGAGUGGUGCAUGGAAGAAGGCAGAGGGAGAAGGGCUAUACAGAGGAAAGCAUGCGUCCCAUAAGUUGAUCAGGGCAGCCACAGUAAGCAGCUAUGCUAAGAGAGAGAACUUCAGUGCUGCUUGGUGUGAGGAGGAGGAAAAGGCAGCAGCUCUGACAUCAAAAAAGACCUCCAACAAACUGUGGAGGGGCUUUGAGGGACGGCGCUGGGCCAAAGAGUCAGAAAAAGACAGGGAAGACAUAGACAGAGCUGAGUAUGGCUACGGGUGGAGGAGGAACAGUGUUGGGAGCUGGAGAAGGGAGAAACCCAGGGUAAAGGCUUCAUCCAGCAGUAAUGACAAGAGGCCAAAAGUAGAUAGCUCGCCACUCUUCUCAAAGAGGAGAGGGAAAGAAGAUGGGGAGAGACAUAGCUCCAGCCUCAGGCUUUCCAGAAGGGCUUUAUUCAGAAGUGAGUCCCAAGGUUUGCUGGUGCCUCGUAACCACAGCGAGGAGCAUGCAAAGCGGUCACAUUGGGUCUCCUCAUUUGACGUAGGACAGGGGAGCUUGGGCAUCAACAAGGAUGAAGGGGUCAGACUACUUACAGCAAGGGAGGACGAUAAACGUCUGUCAUCCACCGCAAGCCUCUUUAACCUUUCUCGCUCUCAGAGCCUUGAAGGCAGCUGCCACUCACUUUCCCCUCUCUCCUCCCCUUCCUUUUCUCCAUCCCCUCCUUCACGGAUGCCGCUCCAGCGGUCUCGAUCACUAAAGGACUUGGGGAGGAGAGUGUUUGGCUCAAUGAGGUCACUGAGUCUCAAACGGAAGCCAUCGAAGAAGUGACAUUUGUACAAUGAAUAAUUAUUACAGUAGAUUCUUCCAUGUGUUCUGCUCGAACUACCAGUGAUGGCUGUUAUUACACUCCAUGUAAUAGGAAGUGCCAUCACUUUAAUUUUGAAAUAUCAAAGAUUUGUAUUUGAUUACACAGAUUUACUACUUCUGAAAUACUAGUUAUAAAAUAUAUGCCAUUAGUUUUUAUUAACCACUAUCAUGAAACUUCAUCUCAGGCAGUGACGUCUGCAAAGCCUACUAAUAUUAUUAUUUGUUCACAUCAAUUCCAGUAAGAUCUUUAUAAAUUGAGAAAAGACAAACCCUUUUUAAUUAGCCACUUAAAAAGAUCUGUGUCAUAAUAAGAGUGUAAAGUGUGUACUCUUCUAAAGUCUUCCUUGACAAUGCAUCAUUGUAAAAUGUACAAGAAACUGUGGGAUGUAGCAUGGCCCACAAAGAAAUGCCAGUGAUAAAAAAAUAUAUAUAAUAGAGGUGAUUUGUUUAUGUAGGUUACAGUUCAAUUUGUCAUCAUGCAUAUGCUGGAUUUAUAUUUCAACAAUAUUCUGGGAUUCUUCAAUCUUAAAAGUAGCCCAUUUAAAAAAAACGGAAAAAAAAACCCAAGUCAAAUUGAAUAUUGGCAGCUUCAUUGUAUAAUGGUUAAAUCUCCCUGUAACCAUGAGUUUGAAUUUAUACGUGUACACCCUCUUCUGCAUGCUGCUCUGUGACUUGUUCAAUGUUUCUAGCUAUUGUGAGAAUGUAAUAUUCCUCUCUGUUAAUGGGCAACAUUGCCUCCGAAGUACAAUCAAACAUUGGUCAAACAAAGACUGAAACCAAGCAAAUACUCUUUACCUGGUUUUUGUGCUCAGGAUUUUCAAAUAAAUAUUGAAUGACUAAAAAUACUCAUGAGUUAUUGGAAACAAAAAGUGGCUUCCUCAUGGCUGAAGAAUAAUAAAAGAA